AUGGAGCCUUCUGAAGAAACUGUACAGAUUAACAAGGAUAACUUUUUAGAAGUUCCUAGUUUGUCUAAUUCCCUUUCUGAAGAUGAAGAAAUUAAAGAUGCCUUCAAGCCCCACUUCUCCCCUCUCCCAAGGCGACGAGGCUCUGAUUCUUCUGAAUCAGAUUAUCCAUACGUGGAUAAUCCUUCUUCAGGUUCACGAAGAGUUUCAUUUGCUGAUACCUUUGGAUUCAAUCUUGUAUCUGUUAAAGAAUUUGACUGUUGGGAGUUACCAGGAGCAUCAUCACAUUUUGACUUAAGGGAUGACGUUUUCCACACAGAGGAAUAUAUUUUAUCUCCACUGUUUGAUUUGCCUUCCUCAAAAGAAGUGCUGAUGCAGGAGUUGCAGGUUCAGAAGGCAAUCCUGGAGUCGAUGGAGUUCCUAACUGGGGCUACAACUAUGAAGGGCAUUAUCCGAGUUUUGAAUGUUUCUUUUGAGAAGUUAGUAUAUGUUAGAAUGUCCUUAGAUAACUGGCAGUCACAUUAUGACAUUUUAGCCGAGUAUAUCCCUAAUUCUUGUGAUGGGGAAACUGAUCAAUUCUCCUUUAAUAUUUCACUGGUUCCUCCUUAUCAAAAAGAUGGCACUAGGAUUGAAUUUUGUAUACGCUACGAAACCUCUAUUGGCACAUUUUGGUCAAACAAUAAUGGCGGAAACUAUACGUUGGUCUGUCAAAAGAAGGAAAGGGAGGAAGAGCCUGAAAAAUCACGGGAAGUAAUAACUAACAGACAGCUAAGAGGCUGCUUAAAGGUAAAAUCAAGCAAGGAAGAAAGGGCUGUUGGAUCAGAGAAGAAUAACUGUAAUAAUUCAAAGACUACAGAUAUCUCCCUCCCAAUGAUCAUUUGUUCUCAUGAGGAUAAGGAAGACAUGGAAGCCAGUAGUCAAAAUGUAAAAGAUGUAAACAGGGAAUAUGAUGAACACAGCAAAAAAGAAUUAGAGCUGAUGCUAAAUCAGUACUCAGUAAGAACUAGAAGUUCUACCAGAGAUGAAAGUUCAUUUGCAACAGAGCCAGUUACUUUUCCAAAUACAGCUGAAGAAUUUGAAAAUCAUCAAACCUUUGGUGAGAUAAGUGGAGACUUGCUCAGGAGGCCUUUGUCUCCCAGUUCAUUGGCAGAAAAUCCCUUGAGGGGAGAAUCAUACAGCAACCCAAAGUGUGCCUUGAGAAAUGAAGUUAGUCACCAAUUGGCAGAGGAACUUACUUCAGGUCUAGCAAACAGCAGCAAACCAUCAUUGAGAUACACCGAUAGUGAGGACAACAAAUUAGUGCCAUUAGGCACCAGUGGCAUGGAAGUACUGGAUGAUAAUGCCAAUCCAGCAGAAGAGGGUCAGAAAACACAAGCAUCUUGUCCAACUGCAUAUUUGCCCUUGGCAGGCAAUGCUGAUCAAGACAAAGAAGGAGAAAGAACCAAGAAAAUUGAAGUCAAAGACUGGGAAUGUCCAACAAGAGAGUCUCUUGCCUAUAUACCUGCCAGUAUGAAUGCUUCCAAAGAAUGCCCAGUUACAGAAAAGAGAAAUUCUAGAAAGGGGUGUAGGAAUGGUAAAGAAAAGGAGGAACAAAGAAUCAAGUUUUGCAUUAGUGAAAGGCAAAAUGAAAGUGUACUGUCAAUCUCAGCUGACAACCAAGGGAGAAGAGGACAUCCUGAAAUAAGUGUUAACAUGAGUCAAGCUAGUAAUAGAUCCUUAUGUGACUCUCAGAGCAAAGUAAAUGAAAUCUCUGCUAGCUCCUGUGACUUGGCACCCAAAGUUGAUAGAUCACAUUCUCUCAGAACUGAUUUAUCUAGCCCCAAAGAUGUCUUUACAACCCAAAGGAGUGGUCUAGCAAAUUCAGAAGGCACCACUCCAGAAAGAAUGCAUGGCCAAGUUUGCUCAUCAGAAAAUGGAAAUGUCUUGCAAACAGAUCUGUAUCUUUCCCAGGUUCAAAGAGAGAAAUCAGAUAGGAAUAUUCCUGACAAUCAGAAUAAGAUUGCACGUGGAAAUCAAAGUUGGAAUGUUCUGGAAAGUCAGGUAGUUUUAAGAGAGAGUAAGACAAAUAGAACAGAACAGAUCAAGGAGCAAGCAGAUGGUGAAGACAUGUGGGAAAUAAGAGAUAAUACAAGGAACCUGAAUGUUACUCCUACAGAAGAAUUGUUUACCUGCCAAGAAACAGUGAGAUGUGAACUGUCUUCUGUAGCUGAUCAUGGUAUUACCGAGAAAGCAGAAGCAGGUACAGCUUAUAUAAUUAAGACAACAUCAGAAAGUACUCUAGAAAGCAUGUCUGCUAGAGAAAAAGCAAUAAUUGCUAAGCUACCUCAAGAGACUUCUCUAAGUGACAGGCCCACUGAGGAAAAGGAAACAGCGUUUGAUCCACAUGAAGGGAGAAAUGAUGAUUCACAUUAUACCCUUUGUCAUCGGGAUUCAAUGGAUGUAAUCUGUGACACUGACUUUGAAAAGAAAUCACAUUUAGGUAUUUAUAAUGUACACAUAGAUGAAACACGAAAGGAAGAAACUAUGUCUCAGUGCAAUUCCGGGAAAUUUGACAAGGCAGAGCGGGGCAUUAGAAACAUUGCAACUGUAGGAGAAUCUCUGCAGGUCACUCCUGAGAAUGGAAAAGAAAGCUCAGAACUGGAUUUCUACUCAGCACAAUCACCUACUGUUCCAACAAUUUUGAAGAAAAAUAUAUGCCAUGCAGAGGCCCGAGGACUCCCUCAGAAGAAUGCUGAUUUGGUUGCUCUCACUCAUCAAAGUUUAAAUUCUGAAAGAAGCACAUGUCCUCAAAAUGGUGCUCCUGUUUCCACUUGUCCUAAUAAAACUCAAUCCAAUGAGGAAGUAUUCGCUACAGAGUAUCCAAUGGCUGCCACGCCAUUCAAGUCUAUUCCUACGACAUCAGAGUGCAAAUGUGAAACCCACAGUGAAGCCCGGUGUAUUGAGAAAAACCAGCAUCCUGGGUCUGUACCUCAAGAAUGUAACAAGACUUCCAGUGAUGGGAGAGAAAGGUUCAUAGCUGAAAGUUUCCAACAAACAGAAAAUAACAUGGAGAAGUCUCUAGGGCCAAUGAUUUUAAUCAGUGAACCUAUCGAGGAGAUGGAAGAGACAAGUUGUGAAACUGCUGAGUUAAUAACCUAUGGACAGGAAUUAGCCUCUCCAGGUUUUAAGCCAGAUAACGAGUCUGACUCCUCCAGUCUCACUGCCCAGGACAAUCAAACUCUGGCCACUGAGUCUCUGCUUUCAAAAUACAUCAACUCGAAAAUACCAUAUUUCCUUAUGUUCAUUCUGUUUCUCCUAACAACCUACUAUUAUGAUUUAAUGAUUGGCUUGGCAUUCUACCUUUUUUCAUUGUACUGGUUAUCUUGGGAAGGAGGGCGACCCCAAGAACCUGUCAAAAAGAAGUAA